GUCGUCGAUGUACCCGUGAUGCUGUUCACUGGCACGCUCCGAGUGCGGGUUCUUGAGGCUCGAGGUCUUCGACCAACUGAAUGGUCCCGUCGAUUCAGUCAGAACGAAACGGUAACCGCUUUUCGGUGCGGUCUUGAGGCCGCAUUAGAUGCGUAUGUGAACGUGGACUGGGACGAGUAUCAUGUCGGCAAAACGCAAGUUCGGCCGAAAACCAACGAACCCCGCUGGAACGAGGAGUUCAGCGCGAAUGACGUGCACUCUGGUCGCGCCAUCGGCUUCACAGUGUUUCAUAACUGUGUGAUGCCACCCGACGAUUUUGUGGCGAACACUAGGAUAACAUUCGACGAUCUCAAAAUAGGAAGCACUAAUGACAUUUGGGUUAGUCAUAGAGUUUUUACUUAUAAUUUGCUUUCAAAUGCUCCAUGUUAG